AUGGCUCUAGACAUAGCAGAACAGAGAUUCCUAGAACUGGAAAGAAAUAAAAAGUACCAAUGGAUAGCAUGUGUGUUCAGUUUACUUAUAUUUGUGGCUAAUGGGUUUGUUUUCUACUGGUUACCAAGAUUCUUCAGAAGUAAUAGAUAUGUCAAAACCAACCGCUUCAAACCAUAUUUUAAAUUUACUGAUGCCUGGGGCACACUCAAUUCAACUGUCUCAAUACGUGUAGGCAAGAAAGUCUUCUACUUCAAACCUAGUUUGUUAGCAUUAUCCAUUUGCUUCAUACUACUUAAUGGUAAAUUAUGCUACAUCGAAACAGAAGACCUCGACUACAAACCUAGAAUGUUCAUCAUUGGUAAACGUUGUGCAAGAAUUGGUUUGGGUCAAAUGCCUGCCAUGUUUUUAGCUGCCACCAAAGGUGACUUCAUCACUGCCCUUACAGGUUUGACAUACGAAAGAGCAGUGUACUUCCACAAUUGGCUUGCCACUUUAAUGUUUCUGUUGAUCACUGCACAUGUUGCUAUUGUUGCCUACUACUGGGCCCGUCCAAGUUACGACAUCAUUCCAAAGUAUCCAAAGUAUGUCUAUGGUAUUAUCGGAUACGCUUGUUUUGUAUUUUUAACAUUUGCCAAUAUCUCCAUCAUCCGUAAAUACGCUUUUGAUUUGUUCCUGGUCCACCAUCGUGUACAUUCAUUUAUCAUGUUAUUAAUGGCAUUUCUCCACAACGAUAAAUCUAAAGCCAUGAUCAUUGUUGGUAUCCAUUUACUUGUUGUAGAUAAAGUAUUGGGAAGAAUCUAUGGUAUCUUGCACUCGAAAACUUCCCCAACUAAAGGAUUCUCCGAAUUUGAAAUCCUAGAUGAAGACACCAUCAGAGCAACUAUCCCCGUCAAGGCAACCAAGACCAACCCAAACCCAUGGUAUCGUUUGUUUUUAUUCAAGUAUGGAACUUGGCUUGGUGGACUGCAUGUUUAUUUGAAUGUCAAGAAAAUCGAUUUCUUCCAAUAUCAUCCAUUUGCUAUUGCUAGUUUACCAGAUAGUAGGAAAAUAACCUUGAUUAUCAAAAAGAGAAAUGGGUUCACUAAGAAAUUAUAUGAAAAAAUCAAGCUGAUCAGAGACGAACAACUUGAAAACGGGAUUGAUGAAGAAUUGCCAGAACAUAAGAGACCAUCUGAUCCUAAUAUUGUCAAAUUAAAAGCCGGUUUCCGUGGUCCAUCUCUGGGUAAAUUCCAACCAUUGAUUACUUUUGACUCAGUCGCAUUUUUUGCACAUGAUUGCGGUGCCUCGUUUAUUUUGCCAUUGUGUUUGGAUUUGUUACAAAAUAUUGAAAGAAAAGAAGUAUUGAAAGAUUAUUUGGGAAGACCAGCUCAUCCAUAUUUGAAAAUUUAUUGGUCAGUAAAACAAUCAUCUGAUGUCUUGUGGUAUGAUUUUAUAAUCAAGAAAUUGAUGCCUUAUAUCAAUUCUGGUAAACUUGAUCUUCAAGUGUUUGUGAAAAAUGGCGACGUUGAGUUGGACGACAUCAAGUCCCAAUUAGUUGAAUCCAAAUGCAAGAAAACUUCAGAGAUUGUUUCCGUGUAUAGUGAUUCAGAUUCAAUUGGCACUUCAUCUAUUGCCAACUCAUCAAUCAAGUUUGCUUAUUCAGAAAAAAUGAAUGUGAAAAAUAUCCUUGAUUCGCAUAUUGCAAGUAUGCAUUUCCCAGAACAAAAAUCAUAUAAUACACUUGCGGUUAUGAGUUGUGGUCUUGGUGAAUUUGGUAAGGAAGUUGAAUGCGAGACUCAAAAAUACACCUGGGUUAAAGGUGCCCCUAAUAUUUAUUUCUAUAAUGAAUCAUACAAUUCGUAA